AUGGCUCAAGAUACCCCAAUCGCCAUCGUGGGUCUGGCAUACCGCGCUCCUGGCAUCGGGAGAAAAGGCCUAUGGGAUUACCUCUCUGAAGCUCGAUCAGCAUGGACCAAGAUCCCUGGUGAUCGCUUCCAGCACGAUGCAUACUUCCGGCCUGGUGCUGACAAGGCUGGCUGUCUGAAGUCUGAGGGUGGUCACCUACUCUCAGAGGACAUCUACAACUUUGACGCUGCCUUCUUCAAUAUGAGGGCUGAGGAGGCUAAGAAUGCCGACCCUCAGCACCGUAUGCUACUUGAAUGCGCUCUAGAAGCGUCCGAGAACGCAGGCUACAGCCUGCUUGAUCUUGCCGGCAAGAACAUUGGUUCUUACGUUGCUCUCGGAGCAAUGGAAUAUGCCAACCGUCUCUUCGGGGAUGUCUUUGCUGCCACGACAUUCUCGGCCACCGGUAUCGCACCUUGUAUGUUUGCGAAUCGAUUGUCCUACUUUUUCGACAUCCAUGGCCCUAGUAUUGGUGCCGAAGCUGCCUGUGCAAGCAGUGCGUACGCUAUCCAUCAGGCUUGCCUAGGUGUGCGUAAUGGAGACUGUGAUGCUGCAUUUGUUGGCGGAUCAACUCUGUUCAUGGCCCCUAACUCUUGGAUUUCACUUGAAAAGACUGGCGCUCUUUCAGAUCAUGGCAGAUGCUACUCAUACGACCACAAAGCCUCAGGGUUUGGGCGUGGAGAGGGUGGUGCUUGUCUAUUCAUCAAGCGCCUCGAUGAUGCUAUCAGUGCAGGUGACCCAAUCCAUGCAGUGAUCCGAAGUUCUGCUUGUAACCAUGGCGGAAGAUCUGAGGGUAUCACCAUGCCCAGGAGAAUGGCACACGAGAUUCUCCUUAAUAGAGUUCAUGACGCUGUUGGCCUGAGCCCGGAUGAAACUCCCGUAGUUGAGGGACACGGGACUGGAACUGCAGCGGGUGAUCCAAUCGAGGCUGGAGCCUUUGCAGCAGUUCUUGGGAAGAACCGAACGGAGGCAAACCCACUUUACAUUGGAUCUGUGAAAUCAAACUUUGGGCAUCUUGAAGGUGCAAGUGGCAUUGUUGGUAUUGUCAAGGCAAUAUACAUGCUUAAAAACAAAGUCAUUUUGCCCACUGCAGGGUUCGAAAAGAUCAAUCACCGGAUUCCAGGGAAGGAGAAGAUUGUGGUAGCACAACUGCCUAUUCCUUGGCCUGAGACCGAGAAGAGAAGAGUUCUUGUCACCAAUUUUGGAUUUGGUGGCAGUAAUGCGGCCGUCUUGCUCGAGGCAGCCCCUGAGCAUGUGACGAACGGCACUAAUGGAACUCAUAUCAAUGGAAACGGCGUUGCUACACCUGAGAACCCCCUUCGUCGUCUGUUUGUCUUCUCCGCAAAGACAAAACAAAGUCUAACGGACUAUUUGACAUCAUUCGAGAGCUACCUUGCGGAAGUUCCCGAGUCCAGCGAAUUUGUCAAGAACCUUAGUUACACUCUUGGCCAACGCCGUUCGCAUCACGCCCAUCGCGCCGCUGUUAUUGCAGAUUCGGUUGAGGAUCUCCAAGACAAGGUCGCAUCGGCCAAGCCAAUUAGAGCGAGAGACAAAACCGUUGCGUUUGUGUUUACGGGACAAGGAGCCCAGCAUGCCCAAAUGGCUUCUGGCCUCCGCCAUUACAAAGUGUUCUCUGAGGCUCUUGAUAAAGCUGAAGAAUAUCUCAAGUCAAUGGGGGCGACAUGGUCCUUGAACGAGGAACUGUCUAAGCCAGCAGCGGAGUCUCGCAUCAACAGCGCUGAGAUCAGUCAGCCAGCUUGCACUGCUGUCCAGUUGGCCUUAGUGGCUCUUCUUACCAGUUGGGGCAUCAAGCCAUCUAGAGUCACUGGUCAUUCAAGUGGUGAAAUUGGUGCUGCAUACUCGGCUGGCCUAGUCAACUUCAAGACCGCCAUUGCGCUGGCCUUUUUCCGUGGACAAGCCGCCGCGAAGCUCAUCAGUCAACAAGCCCAUAAGGGAGCUAUGUUGGCUUUGGGGGUUGGCUUUGAUGAUGCCUCUGCGCUCAUUCAGAAGCAUGCUGAUGGUGCCUAUGCCACUGUCGGAGCAAUCAAUAGUCCUCAGAGUGUCACCGUUUCUGGCGAUGAGUCUGCGAUCAACAAACUUCAACAAGCCGCCGAGAAGGAUGGUAUCUUCAACAGAAAGCUCAAGAUCGAAUUAGCCUACCACUCUCGGCACAUGCAAGCCGUGGCCGAUUCUUAUCUUGACGCCAUCACUCCAUUCUAUGAGGACAACACGACCUUGGUUGGAAAGGAGGAUCAACUCGCCCAAUUCUUUUCCUCGGUCGUUGGCCAUCUGGUGGAACCCGAAUUCGUUGAUGCUUCAUACUGGGUCAAGAAUUUGGUUCAGCCUGUGAAAUUCUCGGAUGCUCUUCAGUCACUCUUGACAAGUUCAGAGAGUAAGAUCGCGACUGGUCAAGUUCAACCUAACCUACUUGUCGAGAUCGGACCCCAUUCCGCCCUCAAAGGCCCCAUUAACCAGACGGUAGACCUCGUGCGCCAGGUCAGCAACCAAGGGAAAAAGAUGGUAUUCAACUACCUUCCAUCUCUGGUCCGUGGAUCAGGGGCCGAGGAUACAUUGCUUGCCCUUGCCAGUGAUCUUUACACCCUUGGGGCUAAGAUUUACUUAGGAGGUGUGAACCAGACCGACAUAAAUAACGCCGAGGUUCUUACUGAGCUGCCCGCAUACUGCUGGGAUCAUUCAACACAUUAUGAGCUCAGACCUCGUAUGGUCAACGAGAUUCUCUUCCCAGGAGAUCCAUAUCAUCCUAUUCUUGGGCGUCGAGCCAACACAUCAGGAAGCAAUGAGCGCACAUAUCGACAAGUAUUCACCCUCGAUGAGCUUCCAUGGAUUCGUGACCAUGGUGUGGCAGGCACUGUUAUAUUCCCCAUGACAGGCUACCUCUCGUGUAUUAUUGAGGCGGCCCGGAGAAACGCUGUGACAAAGCCCGGCGCAUUUGUCAUCCGAGAUUUCCAUGCCGUCCGUAGUCUAGAAGUCCAAGAAGAGCAGUCAGUCGACAUAGCAACGAAGUUGAAGCCCGUUUCUAUGGGCCCAGGCACGUUCUCAACAACUGCCUGGACCUUUGAUAUUUCAACUUGGACCGAAGCAGGUGGCUGGACCAUUCACUGCUACGGCCGCAUUGAGGUUGAAGCUGCUGAGAUGACUUCUGAGAGCCCAACUAUGAAGGAUUCGCUCGCUCUCGUCGAUACUCCAGGUUUGAUUGAACACGAUAUUGCCUGGGCGUAUGCUACUGCCGGGGUUCGUGGCACAAACUAUGGCCCAACGUUCCGCAAUACUGUUAAAUUCUUUGAAGGCAAAGGAUUCACGGUCAUUGAACAGCAGCUGCGCGAUGGAAUUGAGCCUAAUUCAUACGGGUCACCUGCCGCUGUUGAUCCUCCUACGCUUGAUGGCUUUUUGCAGGGUGGUGGUUCUCUACAGGAAGUAGAGGGCAAACGGCGCGCCCAAAUGCCAAAUUAUUUUAGCCGCUUGCGUGUUUCAAACUCAAUGCCUGCCGAGGACAAGCAGAAGUACACUAUUGUGACUCGUAUGUUGAACAACGAUAACAAGGGUGGCCGUAUGCAGAUCAGCGUUGCUGCCUUUGCCAAAGGUGCUGAUGGCUCUCUAACUCCUGUGGCUGAAUGGGAAUCUCUUUCGUUCCGCGCGAUAUCUUCAGCAGAGGAUGAUGACGAGUUUACUGAGAUUCCCGAAAAUUGGUGCUGGGAGCUGGUUCCCCGGUUUGACUUCCUCUCACAGGAAGAGCUCAUGAAGAGCCUUACCGUUGGCGAUAUUGGCAAUACGGCACUUAUUCGUGGCCAAAAGUUGGGUCACGUCGCUAGUUACUACAUCGACCAGGCUCUAAAGGCCACUGCCAACGAUGACUUCUCAGGUCUUCCUCCCCACCUUGCUCGUUUUACCAAGUGGGCAGCGAAGGCAGUUGCUCGAGAGAGCUAUGAUCUCAGUGUUAAGCCAACAGCAUUGCUGGAGGAAGUCAUGAAUGAAGACGCCCAAGGCGAAUUACUGUGUAAGAUUGGUGAAAACCUUGUCCCAAUCCUACGAGGAGAGAUCCAGCCCCUUGAGAUUAUGCUCAAAGACGGUCUGCUCACUAGGCACUACGAAGCCGAUUCAUCCAAUGAACACUUCAGUAAGGUGAUUGGUGAUUUAGUUCUCAAUGUCUCAGACCUUGAACCCAAUCUGCGCAUUCUUGAAAUCGGUGCGGGAACUGCUGGCACCACACUUCACGUAAUGAAUGCCCUUUCGCGAAACAAUGAAGAAGGUGCUUUUCUCAACUGGACUUUCACUGAUAUCUCGGCUGGUUUCUUCGAAAAUGCUCGCGACAAAUUGUCUAAAUGGGGCAACAAAAUUAUCUACAAGAAGCUUGAUAUUAGCCAGGACCCUGUAAAGCAGGGCUUCAAGCUUCAGGACUACGAUAUCGUCAUCGCCUCCAAUGUGUUGCAUGCUACAGCGGACAUGAGGGAGACUAUGACCAAUGUGAGGAGCCUACUGCGGCCUAAAGGUAUGGUCGUCCUUCUUGAGGCUAAUCGACACCCUCCCCCAACAUUGCCAUUUGCUCUUCUUCCGGGAUGGUGGUACGCAAUAGACGAAUACCGUGACCAGGAAGAAGGUCCUCUCCUUACCGUGGAGAACUGGAAUCGCGUCUUGGUCGACGUCGGAUUUUCAGGAGUUGACACCGCAAUCCAAGACUAUCCUGGCUCACCAAACCAAAUGAUCAGUGUCCUCAGCUCCACAAGAAUUGGCAAGCGGGAUGAUACGCCACAAAUCACCAUUUGCGGGCCGUUCAUCGAUGAGGAGGAGGUGGAAUUUGCCCAAUCUGUGGCCGAUUCCAUCUCGGACCAAUUUGAUGCUUCUGUCUCCCUAAAACCAUUUGCUGAAGUGGACUCCGUUGAUGAUCCAUUCUACAUCUUCAUAGACUCUCCUAAACAUACGCUGCUUGAGAAUGUUACAGAAGAGACCUUUGAUCUUCUCAAGACCAUGCUGCUCCGCAACAAGGGCCUGAUGUGGGUUGUCCCUGAGGGUGGUGCCCCCGAAUCCAGAAUCAUUCGCGGCUUGCUCCACACUUUGCGCCUUGAGGAUCAAACCAAGCAUAUGUUGCUGUUUGAAGACGUCCCUCUGGUGGCUCAAAGUCUGCCUAGCAUUGUGAAGCUGGCCAAGAUCAUGCAAGAUCCUGAGAUAUUCGAGGGUGAGGACCAAGACUUCACGUGGCAUAAGAACUCUAUCCACCUUCCUCGCAUGAAGCAAUUGAGAGAUGUGAAGGAGAAGUUUGCGGUUGAACAGGGAGUCUCUGUCAAGACAGUGCAGAAGAUGUGGCAGCCUGAUUCAUCACUGGAAUUGACAAUUGAGGCUGCCGGUAGCCCCGAUUCUCUGUACUACCACAGGACCAAUGUCCUAACCGAGCCUCUAGGUGAUGAUGAGGUCUUGAUUGAAGCGGAGGCUACUGGUCUGAGCUACCGUGACCUUAACAUUAUCUUUGGCUAUAUCCCUUGGGCACCUCCGGGAUAUGACGGUGCUGGAAAGAUUAUCAAAACUGGCUCCAAGGUUUCCAGUCUCCAGCCGGGCGACAGCGUCUUCUAUCUCUCGCUGGAGAAGAGUGCCUUCGCAACUCAUAGCAAACUUCCCGCAGCUCAUGUGGCUAAGGUUCCUGCUGGACUCAGUAAAAUCGACGCCGCAGGCUUGCCAAUGGCGUACUCGAUCGCCAUCCUUGCCCUUCUGCGCAUCGGACGUCUGCGAAAGGAUGAGACUGUUCUCAUUCACGCUGCCGCCGGCGCAGUUGGUCAGGCAUGCGUUGUUCUUGCCAAGCACCUUGGGGCUCGGAUCUUCGCUACUGCCGGUACUGAGUCUAAGCGAGAUUUCCUACAUGACACAUUUGGCAUUCCCAAAGAACAAAUUUUCUCCAGUCGCACCACUCAGUUCCGCGAUAGCAUCAUGUGCGCUACAAAAGACAAGGGAGUUGAUGUCAUUGUGAACUCUCUAAGUGGAGAGUCCAUGCUUGAGACAUGGGCACUGGCCGCCAGCUUUGGGCGAUUUAUCGACAUUGGAAAGAAGGAUGCUUUCCAGAAUAGCACUCUUCCAAUGAGACCAUUCGACAACAAUGUCACAUACAGCGGUGUCGACCUGCGCGAACUUUACAAGCAUCGGCCAGAAGAGCUGAAGGAGGUGUUCGCGGAUCUUGUGACUCUCCUCAAUCGCAACAUCAUUAAGCCUAUCGGCCCUGUGACACUUGUCCCCGCCUCUGACCUCCAAAGAGGUCUACGAAAACUCAGAUCUGGUGACCACAUGGGUAAGAUUGUUGUUACUCUAGGCAAGGAUGAAUCAGUCCUUGCGGAGAGCGCUCUGCAGCCUACAUCAGUGCCAUUGAAGUCUGAUGCCACAUACCUGAUCACAGGAGGAACUCGUGGUAUCGGUCUGUCACUUGCAUAUUGGCUAAUCGAGAAUGGAGCCAAGAACAUCGUCGCAUUGGGUCGAAGCGGUGGUUCUGGGCCUGAGGUUCAGAAGCUGUUGGAGAAGUACGACGGAACUGAUGUUACUGUCAGGGCUUAUGCGUGUGAUGUUGGCUCAAAAACGGACCUUCUCCAGGUUGUGGAAUCAAUCAAAGACCUCCCACCAGUCAAAGGUGUUAUUCACGGUGCUCUUAUCCUGAGCGACAAAUUGCUUGAAAAUGCUACGUAUGAAGACUGGAAGAUCGUCACGGGUCCACGUAUCCAGGGUGCAUGGAACCUGAACGAUCUGCUGCCUGAUCUUGACUUCUUUAUCGGUCUGUCUUCAUUCUUGGGAGAUACAGGUAAUAUUGGUCAGAGUAUCUAUGGAGGCACUGCUGCAUUUUAUGAGUCUUUUGCCCGAUACCGCAACGCCCGAGGGCAGAAUACCGUCUCCAUCGCCCUUCCAGUAGUCCUUGAUGUCGGUUAUGUCGCCUCAAAUGAACUCACGGACAGGCUUAAGGCGACUCUUGGUGCGACAUUGAGGAUGUCUGAUAUCUUCGCCAUGGUCAAGAGUGCCAUCCAAGGCCAGGCCACGUCGCCCAUCUACACGAAUGGCAAGGCAACUGCAUUUAAGAUGGCGCUGAACGGUCAGUCCAUUGAAGAUCUCCCAUGGACCUACUUCCAUCCUGUUCAUAUCAAGGCUCGUCUUGCUGCCGGUGCAGAUGAUCAGAAUGCGGCAGGCGGCUCGGGUGUUGACCACUCCGCCUCAUGGACAUCAGCUUCCGACCCGCUGGUUGGCCUGACUGAAGCUCUGAUCACAAAGGUUUCCGCCAUGACCAUGAUCGAGCGUAGCGAGAUUGAGCCCGACGCCCCUCUGGCAUCUCACGGCCUGGACUCUCUCGUUUCUGUCGAGUUGCGCAAUUGGAUUCGUAGAGAAACCUCCGUCGAGCUGGCACUCACAACUAUUACUCAAUCGGCUAGUCUCCACGCCUUGGCAUCACAUGUACUUCUUCAGAUUCCUAAGGCUUAA